ACCAGCAUGUCAUUUAGCAGAAAGAACUGGUCUGCGCUUUCCAGCCUGGCCCAACAAUGGAGUGCGGAAGAUGAGGAAGAACAGGAAAGGGAGCGCCGGCGAAGACACCGACAGUUGAGUUCCAGCUCUGAUGCCAAGCAGGAAACUUCCACUACAGAACAAAAGGUCACCUGUCGGGUACCAAACAGGUUCCGUAAUUUCUCUGAGGUAAAGCCUUCAAAGUUGGGGAACUCCAUAGUAGAGAACGAGAGGAAACUGGUAGACACACGAAAUAAGCAGGACAAUAGAAGGACGAGGUGGAAGGCAGAGAACUUAAAUAAUGUGAAACAAGAUAAAAAGGAGAUCGUGAAUGCCAAGAAGUUGGAAGCUGAUGAAGAGAAAGCAGAAUCUCUCUCAGAACCAGUUCAGGAAAAGAAAGACCCAAAACCAGAAAAAUGCAAGGACCUGGGUCAGCAGAAAAACCCUACAGAAGGAAAACCUCAAAACUUGCGUCGGAUAAAGAGGGAGCCAAUAGUGGAGAAACGUGAAAACUUGGAGCAGGAAGAGAAACCCCCCAAACUGACUAAGGAUCAGCUACCAGAGGAGAAACAGAAGGCUCAGAAUGCACAUGAGUCCCAGAGGGCACCUCCGGUCCAAAACGAGGUGACAAUGCAACAGCCUCAGCGAGCUGCUUGGGAACGGAAGAGCAUCAGUCGACUUGAAGUGAAGAUUAACUCAAGAGUAAGGAACAGCACAGAAGCAUCUUCGCCUCCAGCUGCCUCUGUCCCACAGGUGAUUAGAAGAAGUGUUCCUAAAAUUGAUGAAGCUGAUGGUGAAGAUGGAUCCGAGGUCUCCUCUCCAGUUGCUCACCCUUUGGUUACCUACAGUAGCUCAUUCAAACGAAUCAGUCCAAGGACAAUCUCUUUCCGGGUGGUCCCUCCAAAGGAUAAGCAAGAUACACUAAGCAGAAGUGCAAGUAUGAGGCUCCCAGCAAGUACAGCUAAAUUUGGGGAGAAGCUGGAGAAAUAUACAUGUGCUGUGCAGAGAGCAGGGUCAAUUAAAUUGCCUCCCUCUGCCCGGAAAAACUUCCAACCACCCUCAGAGGGGGUGGCCAGCAAGCGCAACAUCUUUGAAGCCAAUGUUGCUGUCCGGGCUGAACCAAUCACUACUGUCCGGAAGGAGAGUUUGACAGUUCCAGGAGGAGUGUCAUCUCGCAUCAAUCUGUGGAUCAGCCGAUCUCAGGAACCCAGCAAGGAUGAAGGAAUCAAGGAUACUCGGAGACCUGAGAACACUGCACAGCAAAGUCAGCGGAGGAAAGGGUCCAGCAAUUCUUGAAAGAAAGCCAGG